AUGCAGGCGAAGACUGUGGCUGCCGAGCCUGCAGCACCAGAGGUGCAGCGCGUGGUUCCGGACUGGCUUCAGAACCCUGGCGAGGCGGAGGUUGCCCUGACAGAAGACUCGACACAGCUGGGUAGCUGCGGGAUCUGUCUCGAGCCGCUUUGGAAUGCCGAGCCCAGUGUGUUUCUGGUGAACCUGAAGCGUCUUUGCCGGCACUACUUUUGCCGGGCUUGCGCCAAGCGGAUGUUGCUGGAACAAACAACUCUGGGCAUUCGCCCGCUUCAGGAGGAGAUGCAGAUCGGGAUGCUCGAUGGUCUUUCUUCAGUGAUGGAUGGUGCAGGAAGGCGAGUGGGAGAUCUCGUUUGGUCCGAGACAGGCCAGCGGCUGUGUGCCGGCGAGAUGUUCCUGGUUCUGACUCAGUUGCAACGUUUGAGGCACCUGGAGGUGGGCAUGGAGUUUCGCUUCAAGGAAGGCGAGGCCCUGGUGAUCCGACGAGGAGUCUUGUUGGGAUGUCUUCUGAAGGGAGCCUGGCGUACACUCAAGCGGAUGACGCAUGAGGAGUUUCUGCAGGAAGGUCUUGAAGAUGUGGCGGUCACCAGCCGCAACAUAAAGGAUCUGCGAUCAAAGUUUAUCGUGUACAGCGGCGGAGAGUUCAGCUGCUGGACUUGCAAGCGGUGCUCCUUGGAGAACACCUCCAGCGAUUUCAAGUGCAAGCUGUGUGGGGGUCCGCCGCAGCGACCGGAGGACGUGCCGGAGCAGAACUUGCCGCUGGACCGCUUCGGAGCUGCGGCGCUGAGGAGUCGCUUUGCUCUCCGGCCGCAGCUGCAUUGGGCAGUGCCUUUGCAAUGUCCCCUGUGUCGGAAUGGCGGUACCGCUUCCGUCACCCCAAUGCCGAACCUGCGCGAGGCGCCCUUCGACUGGUUCAGCCUGGUGGAUGUGGCUGGAGCAGGGAAGCUAACCCUGUACGAGUUGGCGGCCGGUCUGGCGACCGUCUUGCCUUUGAGUUCAGAGCGCUUGGAGUCAGAGCUCCAGCAUCAGUUUUCUGGGCUUCAGUGGCCCAUCAAUUACGAGCAGUUUGCACAGCAGGAGGGCCCAGCGCAUUGGGCCAUGAGACAGCUGGAGGCGCUACAUCGCCACGAAAACGGUGCUAGGCGGUGA